AUGACGUUUUCAACUGCUAGUCUACUAUACUCUGUAGCAGUUGAUGAUUUCAAUAACGAUGCUCGACUGGAUAUCGUUGUCGCUACUUAUGACGCCAACAGUGUGGUUGCCCUUCUUGGAUAUGUGGCGGUUGAUGAUUUAAACGAUGACACCUUACUGAAUAUCGCUGUGACCAAUUCAGAUAGUGACGAUGUGAGUGCCCUAUUUGGAUAUGGCAAUGGCUCUGUUGCAGAUCAAAUAAAGUUUUCAGUUGGUUCUCAACCACAAUCUGUAGCCGCUGGUGAUUUCAAUAACGAUACUCAACUAGAUGUUGUGGUUGCUAAUUAUGACUCUGGAAGUAUUAGUAUUUUUAUUGUAUAUGGCAAUGGUUCUUUUGCAAGUCAACUAGUCUAUUCAACAGGACCUGACUGUUAUCCUUACUUCGUAGCUGUUGGAGAUUUCAACAAUGAUGCCAUUGUAGACAUUGUUGUCGUGAAUCAAAACAGUAAUGAUUUGGGAAUAUUCCUUGGAUAUGGGAAUGGCAUUUUUGCAACUGUCAUUCUGGUGCCAUUAGGUUACGAAGUUUGUUCAUUUUCGGUUCUGGUUGGUGACUACAACAACGAUAGAAAGUUGGAUUUAGCCGUGGCCAAUGGAGGCACAGAUAGUUUAUCCAUUCUUUUACAGACUUGUUGA